UGAUCCCAGUGUGUGUUUAUAUGCUGCUCACUGUGACCAGGGGAGUGCCAGGUCCUCGGCUGCUACCCGCUUGCUUCUCAGGAUGGCUUCUGGCAAAAUAAUCAAGCUGGUGGUUUUUGAGCUGCUUGAGUUUGCUGCCUUCUCCGUUCCUACCCUUGUGAUAAUGGAACAGUUUGCGUCUGCCUAUCAGGGAACAAAGAAUGGGUCUGAAAGGACUCACUAUUGGCUCAUUGUUUCCUGUUCCAUCGCCUAUGUGGCUGGAGUGAGUCUCUUGAUCUGGGUUCCAUUAAAAGUGGUCCUAUACAAGAAACGGCAUCUUUACAAGAAAAUCAUAGGAUGGCGACCUGUUCUGGUGAUGUGUGUCGUGCUCACGACUCUUCCCAGCUUCAGCUUCUCCAUCGCAGUGACCGAGGUUCAAAAGAGCACCAACGGCUCGGCUACUUUGCUGUCCGAUUCCUUACCCGAUCUGCCAGUAUCUCUGGUUCUGUUGUCCCUGAUCGUGGUUGACAUCAUUGAAAAACUCAGGAUAUAUCCUCUCAGAGGGAGUCAAGUGGGUUAUGAAAACAAUGACAUCUGUGUGACCUCGUUGCAACAGAUAAAAACGGUGACAGAACAGGUGGUUCGGAGUGACGAAAACCCUGCUUCUGCCCAGGCAGCCAAGCCCAAUGUGAUGCCCCAGCCCCGGAACCAUGUGACUGUGCUGGCCGGACCCAUGGAGCCCUCCUUUCAGUCUGGAAUCCUGAGGACGAUGUCUCAAAGAGAUGUCCGGGCAGAGCUCUUCCUGCGAAGCUUUCUCAUGUGGUCCGACACUGUUGAAAUGGUGCGUGUGGCUGGGCACCCGGCGGUGUUCAAGUCAGGCUGGUUGUACCCCGUCUACAUAUUCAGUUUCAUCUCUCUCCUGCGAAUGGUCUUCACGCCUAAGAACCCUCUCCUCAGUUCCCUGGGGAUCCUGAUGCAAGAUCUGCCCUUUAUUUUUCUCAGACUCAGUUUAAUCAUUGCCCUGGGGACGAUCACGCCAGUACUGGGCCUUUGUAAAAAUGUCCUAGUGACUAUGUCAUAUAUUUACUUCAAUUAUGUCACCAAACUCAGGCCUUUCUCUGCCUUUGAAACCUCUCCAUUUUAAACAGCAAACGUUAAGGUUGUAAGUCCUCCUGAUUAUGCUUGUGAACACAUUUGUAAAGUUUGUCUGGAUAUAAACUUUUAUGGUUUAACCAUUUCCAUCCUGUAUGAUAGCUUUUUAAAAAAGAUA